AUGUUCGCCUUCUUCAAGGGCCGAGCAGCCAAAGAUAGCGCAAAUGGCGGGGAAGACAAGCAGGAUAGGGGCCCAGCUGCCGCCGAAAACAGCAGCAUUACAACGCCAAUAGCCACUAAUGACCUCGCUAUCCCGGCAACAAACCCUGCAGCAGACCAUCCAGCAGUGCCCGUAGAGCCAGUCCCUGCAGGCCCAGAGCCUGAAGAAGCCGAGCCAAGUGCUGCUGCUGCCCAGCAACCAAGCAUUAUUGCUACCACCAAGCCAGCGAUUAAUGUCAGCGUCGAGUACACUUUGACCGAAGCAUUCCCAACGUGGCAGCCCGACGAAAGCGGCAGGGAACAAAGUCCUGGCACGCCAAUCAGCAUCAUCAACAGCUGUGACGAAGAAUUAUCAUCAGAACCAAAAACACCACCCCCCAGAUCAACAUCAACAACAGUCUCAGCGACCAGCACUGCAGCAUCAUCACCACUAUCACUCCCCAAAAGAGCAGCAACACCAGUAGCAGUAGCCACCCCACACUUGCAGGCCCCCCAGCAGCGCCGCAGCUCACCCCCACCGACUCGUACGCCGCCGCCGCCAGCUGCUUCUUCCGUCUUAUACACACCUCCACGCUCCAGGCGAACGCGCAGUUCUCACGUCAACCGCUCACAGCCCGAUGUGCAUGCCGCGCGCGUCCAACGAUCGGCUACUCUGUCCAGCGUCGGUAUCGCCAAGAGAAACUCGCUAAAGGACUCAAAGACAAAGACGUUCCAGCGCCACUCCAUUGCAGAAUCCCAAAGCUCAAGCUCUGCUACCCCUGACCGGGAGGGUCUCACCAAGAUGGAGCACCAGAAAUGGAUCACCGUCCAGCAAAAGACCUUUACAAAAUGGCUUAACACAAAGAUCGAGCCGAGGGGCAAGGUGGUCAAGGACCUGGUUGCCGACCUGAGUGAUGGUGUUCUCCUCAUCCACCUGCUCGAGUGCCUGUCCCAAGAAUCUCUAGGUCGAUAUGCCGCCAAACCCAAGCUGCGGGUGCAGAAAUUCGAAAAUGCCAACCUGGCGCUCGACUUUGUCAAGUCGCGAGGUAUUCAGAUGACGAAUAUCGGUGCCGAAGAUGUAGUAGACGGCAACCGCAAGAUUAUCCUCGGUUUAAUAUGGACGCUCAUUCUUCGUUUUACCAUCAGCGAUAUCAACGAGGAGGGAAUGACAGCAAAGGAAGGUCUGCUGUUGUGGUGUCAGCGCAAGACGGCCUGCUACGACGAGGUGGAAGUAAGGGACUUUAGCGCCAGCUGGAACGAUGGUCUCGCCUUUUGCGCCCUGCUCGACAUUCACCGACCGGAUCUGAUUGAUUAUGACGCCCUGGACAAGUCGGACCACAAGGGCAACAUGCAGCUGGCAUUCGAUAUCGCGCACAAGGAAAUUGGUAUCCCAGCCCUGCUGGAUGUGGAGGAUGUCUGCGAUGUGCCAAAGCCCGAUGAGAGGAGUUUGAUGACAUACAUUGCCUACUGGUUCCACGCCUUUUCGCAAAUGGAAAAGGUAGAGAAUGCUGGUCGCCGUGUGGAAAAGUUCAUCAACAACAUGCAGGGCGCCUGGGAGAUGCAGAGUGCCUACGAGAAGCGCAUGGCCGAACUUCUUCGACAAAUCAGAGAACAAGUCGAGGCCUGGCAACAGUCCACCUUUGAGGGAACCUAUACUGAUGCAAAGAAACAAGCCAACGAGUUUGGUUCCUUCAAGAGGGGCAAGAAGAGAGAAUGGGUCGCAGAAAAGAGCGAGCUGGCCACGUUAUUGGGUAACAUCAAGACAAAGAUGGCUACAUAUAGGUUGCGUGCUUACGAGCCGCCGCCGGAGCUCAGCCUGGAGGUCAUGGACCAGGAAUGGGCAACCCUCACCAAGUCAGAAAUGAUGAGGGGCCAGCUCAUCAAUGAGACCAUUCGAGAUAUCAAGAAUGCCCUUCGCAAAUCGUUUGCCGACAAGGCCAAUGACUUUGCCCUGGCACUGAACACCAUGCAAGUAGCUAUUUCGGGCUUGGAUGGCGAUGUGGAAGACCAGCUGGCCCAUGUGCGCAAGCUGUCGGACAAUCUGCCACCUUUGGAUGCCUAUCUCAAAAAGAUUGAGGAGGUUGAAGAAAAGUGCCAGGAAGCCAACAUUGAGGAAAAUGAUUUCACAACAUACACGUACGAUGAAUUGUUGUACGAGCUUGGACUGGUCAAGUCCUCGGUGUCUAAGAAGCUGGCCUUCCUGGAGAACCAGAUGGUCGCUCGUAACAUGACGAACCUGACUCCAAUCCAGCUUGAAGAGUUUGAGUCUGUCUUUCGACAUUUCGACCGCGAUGACAGCAACUCCUUGUCGGAACUCGAGUUCAGCGCCGCGCUUGCGUCCCUGGGUCUUGUGUUCUCGGAAGAUGAGAUGCACGAUUACUUUGAUGAGACCUCGCGUGGUACCGGUCGCGUCUCCUUUGAACAAUUCAUUCGGUUCAUGGUCGAGGUGACUGAGGAUCAGAACACGGCCGAACAAGUAUUCCAAUCCUUCCGCGAGGUGGCUGAUGGCAAGCCCUACGUGACAGAGAUGGACCUGAGACAUUCCCUGGUUCCUGAUGAGGUGAUUGAUAAGUUGAUGGAGAUUGUGCCAGCGCACACGGGGCCCGACAUGCAGCACGAUAGGGGCAAACCACAGUUUGACUACAUUAGCUUCAUGGAAAAGCUCAUCUCAACAGGGGGGUCGACAAAUGGCAGGCAAACCCCCGCAAGCAAGAUCAAUGGUUCACCGUAA